AUGUCAUACAGCGCAAUUCCAUCGGAACCAACAGAUUCAGCCCCAGGGGUGGUCGCAGUUCCUCAACCAUCGUCACCCAAAGCUGGGCUGAUCCAGAACUUCAUCUUUCUGCAAGUGAAGAAAUCAAUCGCAAUUGCAGUGGUGGUUCUCGUGUCUCAAGGCGCAUCACUCAAUGCAACUCUUGAGGGAGUACUCAUUCUGGCGACUUCAAUCCUACCUUUCUGGACACCUCCAAUGUGGACGCCCAACAUGGCUCCCCACAAAUUCACAGCCAUCGUUUUCUACGCGUGUUGGUUGCUGCAACUGGGCGUCCAGUUUCUGUGUCUGGACUUCAACCCUUCCAACCAAUUCUCAAAGGUCCUGCAAAUCAGCGCCCUCAAUCUAGUUACCGGCUUCCUGGGAAACCAAAUCAAAUACUCCCAGGCCUACUUUGUCAAACGCCUCUACCCUGCUGACCAGCAAAUCAAAGCCACAAAGUACGCCUUCCUGUUUGCAUUCCUAUACCCACAGGUUCUGGAGUCGGUGCUCGUAGCACUGUAUCUGAACGUGACCUUCCUUCCAGCCUGGACCCUAGAGGGCUUCCGAGCUGCUGCCUACCUGUAUUUCGCAGCUGACCUCUACUUCAGAUACCCUGUCGAGAGUGAAUCUGGGGUUACAGCCUGGAACGACUCUUCACUGUACAGCUUCUACAAGACUGAACUGGCAUCCGUAUGGAAGGGUAUACUCUUCUACUACUACUUUUUCCUUCAGUUCUUGUAA